GAGAGGAGAGCGGGUCUGCGGGGGGAAGCGAAGGGAGGUGGGAACAUGCGUCUGGGAGUAGUUUCACCGAAAUGCGCCGCCUUCUUUGUGUCUGUCAAGCUAGUGGCAUUCUGGCUAUUGACAAGGCCAGGGAGCCCAUCACCUUAGUACUGGCAGAAGAUGGUACCAUUGUGGAUGAUGAAGAUUACUUUUUGUGUUUGCCAUCUAACACCAAGUUCGUGGCAUUGGCCAAGAAUGAGAAAUGGUCCGGUAAAAGCUUAGACAGCGGAACAGCCUGGCUCUCGGAGUCUGUGGAUGAAGUGGACAGUGCUGCAGAGAAGUGGAAGCAGCUGGCCAGGCAGCUGAAGGAUGACCUGUCCAAUAUCAUCUUGAUGUCUGAAGAAGACCUCCAGGUGCUUAUUGAUGUACCACGGGCAGACCUGGCAGAAGAACUUGCCCAAAGUCAAACCAAAAUCCAAGUAUUGCAGGACACCCUGCAGCAGGUGCUGGACAGACGAGAAGAAGAACGCCAGUCAAGACAGCUCCUGGAACUCUACCUAGAGGCCUUGAAAAAUGAAGACAGUAUCUUGAGCAAAGUAGCAGAAUCUGAGACUAUACCAAGAAAGGAGAUGGAUGUGGUUGACUCAGGUACCAGCAGUACAGGCACUUCAGCCAAAACGGUGCUCAGUGACCAGCUCCUUGCUGCUCUGAAAAAGAAACCUGCUCCAGAGCUCUGCUUGGACAGUCAAGAUCUAGAGAAAUCUGUCUUGCUACAGCUGGUCUUGAAAGAAGACUCACAAGCCCUGGCCUCGGCUCUGAGAUGGGACAAGCAGAAAGCUGAAGCUCUGCAACAAGCCUGUGAUCAGGAGCUCUCCAAGCGGCUACAACAAGUGCAGACUUUGCAUUCCCUAAGGAGCAUGUCAAAGGGCAAGAAAACACUGCCCUGGGGAGACUGGAUUAGUUCAAAACGCAAAAAAUAAGUGCUGCCUUUUUCCCCCCCAUUAGAAGAGAUACAAGCAAGAGAUAUCCUGGGAGUCACAGUUUGCUGGUCAUGCUGUGGUCUGGCUAUAGACAACUAAAAUCUGGAUGUUGUCCUGAGGCUUAAGCUCUUGUGGUGAUUCAAAUCAUGUGUAACCAAAGGGAUUUUGACAUGCUGCAGAAUACUAGAACAAUGGUAUUACUAAACACAGCAUGUAGGGGUUCAGCUUUGAAUACCGGGUUGGAAGCCAGAAGCUUCCAUUGGAUCAUGAUGGAUCUAGCUUCUGAAGCCCCAGGCAGAUAGCUUGCUUUGUCCUCCCACCAUGUUCAAUGUAAAGGCUGGCAGACCUCAUGGAAGACACUUUAAGGCACAGUUAACAAACAGAAAGAAGACACUUGGACGAUUGCUCACUGAACACAGUGUCCUCAUUCUUAGGUAGGGUUUAUUGUGAUUUGGACUAGCUAAGCUGUCAUUGUGCAGUUUUUCCAGCUGCUGUCUGCUUUAAGCUUCAGCCUGAGAUCUAGGAACUUGAAUUCUCAUGCUAAUUUCAUCAGUUAAAGUAUUCAAAGUCCUUUGACUUAUGUGCUUUUUCUGUUAGGAACUCCAGCCUCUUGGAUGCAGUGUAAGCACUAACUUGUAAAACACAGCAAAGGUGGAAAUACGUGGUUUGUAAGGCUGUGGGGCAGGAGACUUGUAUUUGGCCUGCCUGUAUUACUGUCCUAAUCAUUAAUAUAGUAUCAUGAUGCUUUUGUAUUAACUGGCUUAUUUUUAAAUGUGUUAAAGUCUUUUUUUCCAAUUCAUUAAAACUGAUUUACCUUACUGUUGGACUAGUUUUGAUAUUCCUACCAGCUGCUAUGAUUAAAGAAUGUGCUGAUAAACCUUAAGGAUAGAGGAGGAAGAAAUUAAAUAUAGAAGUACUCUGUAUUUAACCUGUCUGAACUUGGCAGUGGGAAUUCUACUCCUCCUGCUGUACAAGAGGAAAGAAGGGUUUUACCUGUGGCUUUUUCACAUCUACUUUUAAAAUAGCAGAUACACACAGGAUUGAAGUAAUUGUGCUAUUAGGAGUAUUUAACUCACCUACUUCCAAGCAAACACUGAGGUGGAGUCACAGAGACCACGCUGAUCACUCCUGUAGGAAGGCAGUGGUAAUCCUUCCAAUCUAGCCUUAAGAUAAAAAACAAAUGGAGGGUUUUCACUGCUGCUUUUUCCUCUUUUGUCAAGGUUUAGUUGCCUAUAAAUUAUU